AAGAAACUGACUUUGGUUCCAAGUGGGGACUUGGUCGAGCUGCGCAUGCGCCAAAUAAAACGUACGUCGUCAUUUCUGGGCGCAGCGGCUCGCCGUAGAUUUGGCGGGUGUUGUGAAAAAAAAAAAAAACAUAAACAGAGAAAGCUGGGGGAAAAAAUGGAGCACAGCAAAGAAGUAACACAAAAGAAGACUUUAAAUAAAUGUGUCUCCGGUGAAGAGCAGACUAAUGAGGCAGGAGCUGUUGGUAAACCGACCGAGGAGACGGAAGCUCGGUAUAACCGGCUCAAGUUGUUCGACAAAGUGAUGCAGAAGAGCCUGGAAAAGUUCAUCGACCAUGCCAGUUUUAACAGAUUCGCCAGCACGUUUCGUCCUCUGUACAAGAAGAACCCCCAGAGGAUGGAGAGCAUUCACAAGCAGUUCAUCGAGGAGUUGCGGAGGACUAUACAGGAGGACAUCAGCAGAUUGAUGGAAGAAGGUCGGUUAGAUUUCAAACUGAAUGAGUUGGACAAAAUGGAGAGUGCUGCAAAGAACAAUCAAAACCCUGCAUGGCGGCCGAGUGGGGUUCCUGAGCAGGACUUUUGCAGCUUUUUGAUGCCAUACUAUCAAAAGCAAGAGGCCUACAUGCAAUUAGAGCUGAAAAAGAUUCGGGCAGAGAAUGCCGCCCUGGCGCAGAAGGUUCAGGCUGGUAGAGAGAGCGUUACUCAGACUGAAAACCGGAUUUCUACCGCUGUUGAUGAGUGGAAGGCAUCAGUCACAGAGUUUGAAAGGCUGCCAUCUUCUCUCUGCCCCACUGAUGUCUUUGAUGUGUGAUCUUCAAGUUAUUUGAUACAUCAACUAACUUAAAUGUACAUAUUGAUUUUGUUCUCUAUGUCUGUUUGUCUAAAAAUAAACUUGAAAUCUUGGAAAUAAAAAA